CUCAUCGCAACUAAAGUGAUUAUUAGAAAUUACGCUUUAUCAAAAGUUCAUAACUCAUCCUCCAUUCCCCCACUCAGCCGUACGAACUUGUCUUUCGCUUCACAACCAGGACCUCUGCCACUCGCAGCACGAAGCUCCGCCACCACCUGCACGGCCGCUCCGCCUCACCUGACCAAGCCGCCGCUCCGCCUCACCGGCCAAAGACGCAUCUCCGCCUCUCCGUCGAGUAGCCUACCUUCUUACCGUUCCUUCUGCGAGUUUGCUGUGGUUCUUCCAUCGAUGAAUAUUUGAUAAGUAAAUGAAUAGCACCUCACUUGCUACGGACCUGAGGUAGUGAGAUUAUUCCAUCUCCUACACGUACUUUGCUUCGGUUACAUUUCUAUUCGAAGGUAUUAGUAACGCUAACUGAUGGAGUUAGGGACUUGUCUUAAACCCAACUUUAACCAAACAUCGACUUUUAGAUGCCAACCGCUUAAUCGCCAGAAUAUUCGCCAUCAUCUUUUGCGUUUAUCCUUGCACUACAGCAUUGUUGCUAAAUCUAUGCGCUGCAGAGCAACUCCCGAAAUGCAAAGCAAGAGCAGCUCAUUUGGAACCAUUGAAAAGGUUAAAAUGUCUGGUGAUCAUUCUUGUGAUCUAGCAUUAUCAACUUUAGCAGCUCUAUGCCCAUUGGAUGGUCGCUAUUGGGAUAAAGUAAAGGACUUGGUUCCAUUCAUGAGCGAGUAUGGCCUCAUUCGCUUUCGAGUCCUAGUUGAGGUUAUGUGGUUGUUGAAGCUUUCAGAAAUUCCUGAAAUCCCUGAAGUUCCCAAUUUUUCUAUAGGAGCAAAGUCGUAUUUGCAUGGCUUGAUUGAUGGAUUUAAUUUGAGUGAUGCCAUGGAAGUGAAGGAAAUCGAGAAAGUGACUAACCAUGAUGUUAAGGCAGUGGAGUACUUCCUAAAACAAAGAUGCCAAUCACAUGAAGAAAUUUCUAAGGUGCUUGAGUUUGUCCAUUUUGCGUGCACUUCUGAGGACAUCAACAAUCUAGCACAUGGACUAAUGCUAAAAGAAGCUAUUAACAGUGUUAUAUUGCCAGUCAUGGAUGAGCUGAUUACUGCAAUCAAUGACAUAGCCACAAAGACUGCACAUGUCCCAAUGCUUUCUCGCACCCAUGGGCAGCCGGCUUCUCCGACAACACUAGGCAAGGAAAUGGCUAUUUUUUCAUAUCGGUUAUUUACAGAGAGACAUGACAUUUCACAAAUUGAGAUGCGAGGGAAGUUUGCGGGUGCAGUUGGAAACUACAAUGCACAUCUAGUUGCAUAUCCUGAUGUAAACUGGCCUCAAGUUGCAGAAGACUUUGUAACAUCUCUUGGCUUAAGCUUCAAUCCAUAUGUACCCCAGAUUGAAACUCAUGACUAUAUGGCCAAGCUGUUUCAUUCGAUUAUCCAGUUUAACAACAUUUUAAUUGAUUAUAAUCGAGAUAUUUGGGGAUAUAUUUCCUUGCGAUAUUUCAAACAGAUAACUAAAGCUGGUGAAAUUGGAUCUUCAACAAUGCCUCACAAAGUGAAUCCCAUCGAUUUUGAGAAUAGCGAAGGAAAUCUCGGAGUUGCUAAUGGAAGCCUAUCACAUUUAAGCACAAAGCUACCUAUAUCACGGUGGCAGAGGGAUUUGACAGAUUCUACUGCUCUGAGAAAUAUGGGAGUAGGAUUGGGGCAUUCUCUUCUUGCUUAUAGAAAUGCAUUACGGGGAAUUUCAAAGCUUCAGGUCAAUGAAGCUGCCUUGAAAGAAGACUUGAACCAAUCAUGGGAGGUUCUUGCUGAGCCUAUACAAACUGUGAUGCGAAGAUAUGGUGUCCCAGAGCCGUAUGAAAAACUGAAAGAGCUAACCCGAGGGAAAACAGUGACAAAGGAAAGCAUUAGAGAGUUUAUUGAAGGUCUAAAAAUACCUCAGAAUGCAAAGACUACUCUUUUGAACUUAACACCACAUACAUAUAUUGGCGCUGCUGCUGAAUUGGCCAGCAACAUAGGAAACAUUACUAAAUCCAAGUAAAGUGGCUGUUGCAUGUGGCCUUAACUAAGAGUGAAGGAUAUUGAGGCAGUCUUGUCAUUACUAAGGGUGCAACAGGUUAGUUGAUUUAUAAUUUUCAUUUUCUCAGAGCAUUUAAGUUUUAUUGUAGUGUUAAAUUUCAGAUGAAGUUCGGUGUUGUAUUAUCGCAGUCUGAAUAUUCCGUUGAUUUUUUGUGUCACUUGGUAGUGUACUAGUGUUUAAUGAACUUCGUCCAUAUUUGAAUCUUCUUUGUCCAUAUCAUUUUCUGAUGGUUUGUGUAACUUGUUAUUGUUGUCAUUGUGUAUCUCCA